AGUCUCAGUUUCGCUGCGAAAGAGUGAGCAACGAGCGCGAUCCGCUACCUAGUUACGACGCGAACGCAUUUGCACUAUCAGCGGAACAUUUGUUUUACCAAAAUCAGAUGUUUUCAUUUUAAUCAUCUAUCCUCUUAAACCACAGUCGCCUAGCCUACAAUAAUAUUGAUAAGAGUCAUAUGGUAUGGUUACCUAGCGGGACAGUGAAUAUGAUGGACGUGCAUCAAAAAGUGUUGCAGCGAACUCUCCAUGAUAUCGCGGAAGAGAAGGGCUAUGAUCACGGUGAAUUGAAAGUGUUACCCGUGUCCACCGGGGGUGCUAGUUACACCUCACAGUUAUAUUGCGGGAAGAUGUCCGCGCCCAAUAAAGAAGAUCUCAAAUUUUUCGCUAAAGUUGCUACAUUAGGCAAAGAUGCCCGUUCGAUGAUACCCACAUCAAUAUAUUUCACAGAGCAGUACGUCUACAGAAAACUAGCUGGGGUAUACGAAAAGAUAGAGGACAAGCACCAAGUUACAUCAGAGCAUCGUUUUGUGUUUCCUGUUGUGUACGGUUAUAGUGACACAGAUAUGGAGGAAGUUAUUGUGAUGCAAGAUUUGACUGCAGAAGGAUUCACCGUGCAAGAUAGGUUUUCAUCGUUCGAUUGGCAUUAUGCAUCUGCUGCGGUACAGCAAAUAGCACGUUUCCACGCGCUUUCUAUCGCUAUGCAGCACGACUUCCCAGCAGACUAUGCGGAGUUAACAGAAAAAAUCAAAUUCCAAAAGACGUUAGAUCAAUCAAUGUCGGGAAUGUUUUUGCAGACUGUGUAUAAAUCUGUUGAACUUGUUAAGGAAGAAUAUAAGGAAAGAUUACGGGAAUACUUAAAGAUUUACCUACCAAAAGCAAUAGCAACUUAUCACGAUACUCCACCGAGACCAGUGCUCAAUCACGGCGAUUUCAGAAUGAGCAACAUAAUGCAUAAAAAGCGUCAGGAUGAUGGCAUCGAAGUGAUCCUGAUAGAUUACCAAAUCUUGCACAUUGCAUCCGCCGUGAAGGAUCUGAUGCACUUUAUAUUCACGGGUUCGGACGCGGCGUUCCGUCGGCAGUACUACCAUAAACUGCUAGAACAUUACUACCAGCAGCUGAGCCACGCGCUCACCAGGCUACAUCUUGAUCCAGGAAUAGUCUUGUCUAAAGAAGAUUUUGAUGCCGAUAUGAAAGAGAACUCUCAUCUCGGGCUGGUAUUUGCGUUGUACACGAUACCCGUGGUCACUGUGGCAGAAGAACAGGCGCCAGUGCCUGGCGAAGUUCUUGGACUGAAGAAUUUGAUGCAGACGGAAGCUACUCAGUUGUGCAAGGACCGCCUCAACGAGGUCGUCGAAGACUAUAUAACAUGGGGCGUCAUUUGAUUUUCGGAUAAAAAAAGCUUAUACGUAGUCUCAAUGGCGUAGUGGUUAGUGUGUUCUGACUACAUUGACAGUCCUUAGCACCCACCAAUCUGCGCUGGGCACGCGUGGUUAGUUAUGACUCGUUCUUCCUAUCCUUAGGGAAGGCUUGUGUCCCUUGGAGACAUCACGGCACCUCGACAUUGUUGUUGACAAUAUAAUUUAAAACUAACAGCGCCAUAUGCAUAUUUUGUAAAUCGGCAACUUCUGAAGACAAAUAAAUUGUUCACAGGGCUUUUGAAACUUAUUUUUAAUAACGCAGUAAUCUCUAGCCAGUUGUUAUAUAUUUUUUAAUUUAGAUAAAAAAUUGAAGUUCACUUUAAUGGUCUCUAAUGCGAACAGAAUACGAAGUUUAUCGAUACAAAAUCAGGUGUUAAAAUGGAGUUUAGUGGAGAUAGCCGAUAUUGACAUUUCAAAAUGCGAACCCUUGAUAGAAAAUACGAAUUAGCGAUUUUGAUAUAUUGAAACUGCUCAUUUUUUCGGUUAUACGACUUUAGAUUGUCAGUGGAGUUAGUGAAUAUGCAGCCCUCUUAGCUCUUUUAGUUAUGUAGACAAAAUCUUUAAAAAAAAUGCUUAUUGCUUAUCAAUAUAGCGUUGUGAGAAUGCAGAAUUGAGUGAAGUCUAAAAAUCUAACGGAUUUUUUUCUGGUUGGUAAACCUAGUUAAUCUAUUGUAUUUUAUUUUUGCUGCUUUUACUAUAUAUGGCGAGCGAUGUUUUAUCUAAGAUAUAGUUUUUAUAGCAUCUGUAGCAUCCGUUGAAUCUAUAAAAAAAAAACUAAAAAAUCAAAGACUAAAGCAACAUUUUGCCAGCUAGACUAUGAAAACCUAGCUUAUAUCUUGGAUUUCUUCGCAUUUUCACACAUAUUAAUAGAGUGCGGUAUUCUAAGCCUAGCUUUAACCCUACAAAGCUCUUUUUUUGGUUUCAGAAAAAAUAAAUAUGAUGUAACUAGUUAUUAGUAGUUAG